AUUCGAAAGUUAAAUUCCUACCUAAACACUAUGGGAUUCGUGCUGUCCAAGUUCCGGAAGGAAAAGUCUACGGAGGCGGUUUUGGAGGGGCUGCAGACGCAGAUCCAGGCGUUGGAGAAGUACAUGAUCAACACCGAGGAGCGGAAGCGGCGGUUCGUGACCAACUUUGUGGGCUUCACCAUAGGCGCGUAUAUCGUGGGCUUCGGACUCUGGUACUUCUUUUACUUCCCGCCGACGGUGCAGGAGUGCUUCAUGUACUUGGUGCCCCUUCUCCUCUUUCCGAUUGUCAUUAUCUUUCUGCGGCGGCUGUUUACGUGGUACUUCCAGCGCAAGCUCAACAAAAAUGGCGAUAAGCUGUCCCGUCUGAAGGAGGACAAGCGCAAGAUAUUGGAGCAGGUCAUGGACAAAGAGACCUAUAAGGUGGCAGUGAAUCUCCUGGAGCGCUUUGGCGAUAAGAAGCAGCUCCGCAUCACCGGUCUUCCGACCGGAUCGACGCCCAACCGCUCGCUGGUUGAGCGGUCUCCUCAGCCAGCUGCCGCCGCCCGAACUGCAAUAACGGGCGGACAGCAACAACAGCAGCGGUCGCUUGCCCCGUACACCAGUGUCUACCGCAAUAAUAACAACAACAAUACAUCGCUAAACAGCAGCGUCAUCAGCACCCAGUCACUGGCUCCGCUGACGUCAGCAUCACCACAGUUGCGUGCCGUUCAAGAAUUGCGUCGACGAUCGCCUUUCCCCAUCGUGGACGAUCGAUCACGGAGCGCCCUAGAUCGCAUCGUGGACUUCAUCGUGGGUGACAGUCCAAAGGAUCGGUUUGGCAUGAUCUGCAAGGAGUGCCAUGCCCACAACGGAAUGCUGCCCAAGGAGGAGUACGAAUACACUACCUUCAGGUGUGCAUUCUGCAAUGUACUUAACCAGGCAAGGAAGAAGCGACCCGUUGCCCCCCGUCUCUCCUUGGAGGCCCCAUCGGAAACAGCAACAAAGCGAAACGACAGCUCAGAUAGUGAAUCAUCCGAUGAUGACUCUGAUAAGGAGCCAUCUGUACGAAGAGCCCUGCUUCAGAAUGUGCCAUCGAGUGAAACUGAUAUGGAUGCCACCACCGUAACGGAAGACUUGGCAAUGGAGACUGAAACACCCGAGACUGGAUCUACUACCGCGGAAGCCAACAGUACUGAGGUGACUGCGAGUUCCUGAGGGCAAACCACAUCGAUAUACACCUUCUAGGCGCCAGUCAAGCAAAAUUCUUGGAUUAUUUGCUUAUUAGCUUACUUAUUUAAUUUUUUAUUGGUAAGCAAAUUUCAACGAUAUUUGUUAUCAUGAAUUUAUUGUCGAAGAAUGAAUACAUUGAAUGAAAAACAUGAAGCUUCGA